GGCCGGCGGCCCUUUGAACGGACGGCGGCGCGGACCGGGCCGGGUCGGGCCGGGUCGCGGCUGGGGCGGGACUGGGGCGGGGCCUGUGUCCGGGCUUCAAGGGCCGUGUCGGGGCCGGACACCUGCGCUCCUCGACGGCGGUGGCGGCGGCAUCCGGGCCAUGGCGGCCGAGGCGCGCGUGUCGCGCUGGUACUUCGGUGGGCUGGCGUCGUGCGGGGCCGCCUGCUGCACGCACCCGCUGGACCUGGUCAAGGUGCAUCUGCAGACGCAGCAGGAGGUGAAGCUGCGCAUGACGGGUAUGGCGCUGCAGGUGGUGCGCUCCGACGGCAUCCUGGCGCUCUACAAUGGGCUGAGCGCCUCCCUCUGCAGACAGAUGACCUACUCCCUGACUCGGUUUGCCAUCUACGAGACGGUGCGGGACCACGUAACCAAGGGCAGCGAGGGCCCCCUGCCCUUCUACAAGAAGGUCCUGCUGGGCUCCAUCAGUGGUUGUAUCGGCGGCUUCGUGGGGACCCCCGCGGACAUGGUCAACGUCAGGAUGCAGAACGACGUGAAGCUGCCCCAGAAUCAGCGCCGAAACUACGCCCACGCCCUGGAUGGCCUGUACCGUGUGGCCCGAGAAGAGGGUCUGAAGAAGCUGUUCUCGGGCGCAACUAUGGCGUCCAGUCGAGGGAUGUUGGUCACCGUGGGCCAGCUGUCCUGCUAUGACCAAGCCAAGCAGCUGGUUCUCAGCACAGGGUACUUGUCCGACAGCAUCUUCACUCACUUUAUCGCCAGCUUCAUUGCGGGUGGAUGCGCCACAUUCCUGUGCCAGCCCCUGGACGUGCUGAAGACCCGGCUGAUGAACGCCAAGGGCGAGUAUCAGGGUGUUCUGCACUGUGCCAUGGAGACAGCGAAGCUUGGGCCGCUGGCCUUUUACAAGGGCCUCGUGCCUGCCGGCAUCCGCCUCAUGCCCCACACCGUGCUCACGUUUGUGUUUCUGGAGCAGCUUCGCAAACACUUUGGCAUCAAAGUGCCGUCCUGAUGUGGCCGUGGGAGCAGCUGGGUCAUGCCCAGCCCCCUGCCUCAGUUUUUUCCAGAGUCCUGGAGGGUCAGCAGCUGAGCGCUGCCCUGAGCCCAGCACCUGCCCGCCGUGCUCCGGCCCCCUCCUCCCUGGCUCAGGACCCCCGCCCCAGCCUGCCUGGCCAGCCCAGUGACCGUCGUCCCCUCCUGAGCUGCUGCCCACACCUCCACCCCCUGCUGCCCACCCCAGGCUCUCCCCACCUGAUGUCCAGCGGCCUCCUCUGCACGCCAGUGACUCCCUCAGAGGGAGGUGCCUAGGCCCCAGGUUCAGUUUUCUCUCUUCCCAAGUAGGCAGUUAACCCUGGAGUUGGGAGGGGCAGGCUGUCCAGGCUUUCUGGGGUCUGGGGUCUCCAGCCCCUGAAGUCUCUUCCUUUCACUAAGCCCAGGGCCCCCAGCACUGUCUUCCAGCAGCUUCCACUGAGGACCUGGGUGAUAGAGUGGGGGUGUGGACCCCCAGCAUCACUCACCGAAUGACAUGUGCACCUGCACUUUCAUCCCAGGAGAGGGACCAUAGCUUUUAUGAUGUUCUCAAAGUUAGCUGCGCACCCACAGCUGCCAGGCCAGGGCAGAAUGAGUACCCAGGAGGGAGGGUCUGGGUGUGACCCGCAGGUGCCCCACACCCCUGCUCCCCCGGUGCAGCCCAUCCCCAGUUGCUUUAACAAUCAGUUUCACCAAAACCUCUCAGUGCCAGCAGGCGGCUGCUGUCUUCAUGGAGCGUGCAGUGUCCCCUCCUGGCUCCCUGGGCAGGAGUGGCAUGUCCACAGGGGCUCCUGUCUACACAGCGGUCACUUGCAAGGUCCCCAGCAGCUGGUCAGCCAAAACGCCACCGCCCAGGUUCCGCUGCCACAGCAGCCUGCAGAUGGGCUGGGAGCUGCAUCUGUCUGCCUCCCCCAGUCACCUGGCCACUGUGCCACACCCCCCGCCCCCCAGCAAGUGGCCAGCGCUUCCACGUCGCCCCACAGGGGUGUUAAUAAAGGACGGUGAAGUGC